GUGCCAUUAGCGUAAUUGAAUUUUGCAUUUUAUGGGCAUUGGGCUGUUGGGUCCUUCGGGUUCGUCUUCUGCGAAUCCCUCUCGGACACUGACUCUCCGUCGCCGGUUUCUUCAUCUGUCUCCACCUUAUGGAUUACCAUUUCACUCGAAUUCCAUACAUUCACAUGAAAUUAUUAGGUGCAACAUUAUCUGUUAAUCUUGCUCCAAAUUCUGCUAUCUGGAAGACUUUCUAUUACCCAGUUGCCAACGUCAAUCAUCCAUCAAAUGUGAUGCCAAUGAAUCAGCAGAUAUCUAUAUGCAGGAAUGAUUCAUUAUCUUCUCCUUUCAAUGUCUUCAACAGAACAAAUUCUUCCCAGUCCUUGCUGUUCAUUGUUGCUGAGGGUAGAAUUUCCAACUCUGGUGAGUGCUACAAGCCUAAAUGUUCCUCAGUUUCCUUUGAGAAGCAGGUUUCAAGCAGAAAUAUCGGCGACGACGAUUGCCCAGAAAAUCAUGAAACUGAAAAUGACAAGGAGUGGCAAAGACGAAGAAAAAUAGGAGUGGCAAAUAAGGGCAAAGUACCAUGGAACAAGGGCAAGAAACACAGCUUGGAAACUCGUAAGCGAAUCAAGCAGAGAACAAUUGAAGCCUUGAAAAACCCCAAGGUGAGGAGGAAGAUGUCCGAAUAUCCCCGCCCCACUCAUAGUGAUCAGGUCAAAACUAAAAUUAGCUCCUCACUCAGACGUGUAUGGGGAAAGAGAUUAUUGAAGAAGAGAUUAAACGAGGCGUUCUUCCAGUCUUGGAAGGAAAGCAUAGCUGUUGCUGCGAAGAAAGGAGGGAAGGGAGAACAAGAACAUGACUGGGACAGCCAUGACAAGAUAAUACAAGAAAUGCUUCAUCAAAAGCUUAAAAUGGUUGAAGAGAAGGAAAAAUUAAAGCUGAUGAGAGCAGAGAAUGCGAAAAAGAGAAAAAUCCAAGGAAGGGGUGCCAAAAUAAAGAAAAGGAAAAUGUGUUCUAGAAGAAGAAAAGGAGGAAAAAGAAAGAUGAAAGAGGGAGAAGACAUCCAGAGAACGAUGAAGGAGCUAACUGCAAUUGAAAGAUCGGGACUUAAGCAAAGAUUGAAGAAGAUUCGCAAAAAGAUUGCAAUAAACAGUGUAGUUGCUGCUCAAGGAAGCGUUGCAUCAGUGGUGCCCCGAGGCACAACCUGGGAAAAAAUGGAUCUAGAUCUUAUAAAGAAGGGUAAACUGAGGGAAGAAGUGUCGCUGGCAGAUCAAAUUCAAUUUGCCAAGAACAGAAAAGCAGAAUCUAUAGCUUGCAAAAUUCUUGUAGCUUCUACUUUGUCGUACGAAUGCACCAGGGGAGCGUAAAGAUAACUUUUGACUGACCUUCACUGCUUGCAAGAAGACAAUUUUAUGGUGUCUUAAGGUGACUUUUCCUCCCAUCCAAGGUGAUUUUUCAUUUUUAUCAAUAGCUUAUGUUCUUAUUUGUUAGUGAUUCUUCUUGAAAGGAAGAAAAUUUUCUUCACUUUCAAUGUCACUUUUCCACCGGGAGAUCAAAAGGUUUCUUUUGUUUUGUUCAACGUGAUAAGAUCACUAACAGUAAUUCUGCAAAACUCACACCCCACACGCGCGCACACACACAAAACUUCUGUAAUCCUUGUCUUGACUCCUGCACAUUUAUAUCCAUUGGAGUCGCAGAAUCUUGUUCAAUUCGACACGAGUAAAAAGGCUUGGGAAACUGCUACAGCUCACGAGCUUUUGACGACUUGAAGAAAGGUAGUGAGAAGAAGUUGAAAAGUUUUACUUUGCAGGAUGGAUUCUGAUAAGCGAUCGAGCAAGAGCUCCACGUCCAUGGCAGCAGAUAGAUGGCUUGCCUUUUGCUCUGCCUGCUUCAUAAUUGUGUGCGGGUAUGUAAAGAUACUAAGUUCCUUGAUAC